ACAAGCGAUUCGGGAGUUUUGCAAGGAGCCGAGCAUUUCUGCUUGCCGCCGCCGCCGCCGCCUCCGCCUCCGGAUCGCCGUCGCCUCCUCUUCAUCGCAGCCAUGAUUAUUCCGGAGAAGAACCGCCGCGAGAUCUCCAAGUACCUCUUCCAAGAGGGAGUGUGCUAUGCCAAGAAGGACUACAAUCUCGCGAAACACCCGGAAAUCGAUGUCCCAAACUUGCAGGUGAUUAAGCUGAUGCAGAGUUUUAAGUCGAAGGAGUACGUGACGGAGACCUUUGCUUGGAUGCACUAUUAUUGGUACCUCACGAACGAUGGGAUCGAGUUCCUCAGGACUUACUUGAAUCUCCCUUCGGAAAUUGUCCCUGCCACUUUGAAGAAACAAGCCAAGCCGGCUGGUAGGCCCAUGGGUGGCCCACCUGGUGAUCGCCCGCGUGGCCCACCUCGCUUUGAUGGAGAACGGAGGUUUGGUGACCGUGAGGGCUACCGUGGUGGUCCCCGUGGACCUGGGGGUGACUUCGGUGACAAAGGUGGAGCUCCUGCUGACUACCGGCCUUCCUUUGGGGGUCCUGGUGGAAGACCAGGCUUUGGACGGGGAGGUGGUGGCUAUGGUGCUGGACCGGCUAGCUCGAAUCUUCCUUGAACGGUUCAUGGCUAGUAGUUUCAGCUGUCCAGUUGUAAGAAGAGCGUGACGUGGCGGCACCCGCAGUUGGUUGCUGCAUGUCAGCUCUAGUCCCCAAGAAUCUUGAUCUGUUAUUAGCGGAUUAAGGACUGCUUUUGUUCUGACAAAUUGAAUUUUUGAGAAUGGGGUCUUGCUUUUCUAUUGUUAUAGUAUUUUUAAUUAAUGC